CUCUCGACAAGUUGGCAGCAGCACCUCGGCCCUGGUCGUCGUCGCCGCUGCGGUAACGGAGCGGCUCGGGUGGCAGAGCCCGCGUUCGCACCCUCUCGCUCUCCUCUGGAGGCCCUUCCCGCCCUCACCUCGGCUCCGUGGCCGCCCAGGGGACUGGAGCGGGUGACGGAACCCGGGCGCCCCGCGAGAGAGACGCCCCCGCGGCGGGGCGGUCCGGGAGCUCGAGGCGGCCCGGCCCGCGCGGGCAGCGGCGCGGCGCCGAAGAAGGGCGGCCUGGCCCGGACGCUUCGGGGCGGGGGCCGAGGAGCGCUCCGGGCCCGGUGUCCUCGCGGACCAGCCCCGGCGGGAGAGCGAACUCCCCUCGCCAUCGCCCGAGCCCAGAUUAUCCUGAAUACCACAUGUCUAACAGUUUUCCUUGCAACAUUAGCCAGUAUUUUUCACUGCCUCCAAAAAAUCAAAAGUGCCCUGGAAGUUGGAGACAUAUUUGAUUUAAAAGAAAUAACUUUAGCAAAUGGACAAUAUGUCUAUUACGAAUACACCAACAAGUAAUGAUGCCUGUCUGAGCAUUGUACAUAGUUUGAUGUGCCAUAGACAAGGUGGAGAGAGUGAAACAUUUGCGAAAAGAGCAAUUGAAAGUUUGGUAAAGAAGCUGAAGGAGAAAAAAGAUGAAUUGGAUUCUUUAAUAACAGCCAUUACUACAAAUGGAGCUCAUCCUAGCAAAUGUGUUACCAUACAGAGAACUUUGGAUGGAAGGCUUCAGGUGGCAGGUCGGAAAGGAUUUCCUCAUGUGAUCUAUGCUCGUCUCUGGAGGUGGCCUGAUCUUCACAAAAAUGAACUAAAACAUGUUAAAUAUUGUCAGUAUGCGUUUGACUUAAAAUGUGAUAGUGUCUGUGUGAAUCCAUAUCACUAUGAACGAGUUGUAUCACCUGGAAUUGAUCUCUCAGGAUUAACACUGCAGAGUAAUGCUCCACCAAGUAUGUUGGUGAAGGAUGAAUAUGUUCAUGACUUUGAGGGACAGCCAUCGUUAUCCACUGAAGGGCAUUCUAUUCAAACCAUUCAGCAUCCACCAAGUAAUCGUGCAUCGACGGAGACGUACAGCACCCCAGCUCUGUUAGCUCCAUCUGAGUCUAACGCUACCAGCACCACCAACUUUCCCAACAUUCCUGUGGCUUCCACAAGUCAGCCUGCCAGUAUCCUGGCAGGCAGCCAUAGUGAAGGAUUGUUGCAGAUAGCUUCAGGGCCUCAGCCAGGACAGCAGCAGAAUGGAUUUACUGGGCAGCCAGCUACUUACCAUCAUAACAGCACUACCACCUGGACUGGAAGUAGGACCGCACCAUACACACCUAAUUUGCCUCACCACCAAAACGGCCAUCUUCAGCACCACCCGCCUAUGCCGCCCCAUCCCGGACAUUACUGGCCAGUUCACAAUGAACUUGCAUUCCAGCCUCCCAUUUCCAAUCAUCCUGCUCCUGAGUAUUGGUGUUCCAUCGCUUACUUUGAAAUGGAUGUUCAAGUAGGAGAGACAUUUAAGGUUCCUUCAAGCUGCCCUAUUGUUACCGUUGAUGGAUAUGUGGACCCUUCUGGAGGAGACCGCUUCUGCUUGGGUCAGCUCUCCAAUGUCCACAGGACAGAAGCCAUUGAGAGAGCAAGGUUGCACAUAGGCAAAGGUGUGCAGUUGGAAUGUAAAGGUGAAGGUGAUGUUUGGGUCAGGUGCCUUAGUGACCACGCAGUCUUUGUUCAGAGUUACUACUUAGACAGAGAAGCUGGGCGUGCACCUGGAGAUGCUGUUCAUAAGAUCUACCCAAGUGCAUAUAUAAAGGUCUUUGAUUUGCGUCAGUGCCAUCGGCAGAUGCAGCAGCAGGCGGCCACUGCACAAGCCGCAGCCGCGGCCCAGGCCGCAGCCGUGGCAGGAAACAUCCCCGGCCCAGGAUCAGUGGGUGGGAUAGCUCCGGCGAUCAGUUUGUCAGCUGCCGCUGGAAUCGGUGUUGAUGACCUUCGUCGCUUAUGCAUACUCAGGAUGAGUUUUGUGAAAGGCUGGGGACCGGAUUACCCAAGACAGAGCAUCAAAGAAACGCCUUGCUGGAUUGAGAUUCACUUACACCGGGCCCUCCAGCUCCUGGAUGAAGUGCUUCACACCAUGCCUAUUGCUGACCCACAACCGUUAGACUGAGGUCUUCUAACGUCGGGGCCUGUAACAUUCAUGAUCAGGAUGGUGGACUAUAACGUACAAUCCUGUUUAUAAUCUGAAGAUAUAUUUCACUUUUGUUCUGCUUUAUCUUUUCAUAAAGGGUUGAAAAAAAUAUGUUUGCUGCCUUGCUCCUAGCAGACAGAAACUGGAUUAAAACAGUUUUUUUUUCUUUUUUCUAUUUAGAACUUUUCAGGCAUGGCUCAGAGCUUGGAGAUCAGGAAAAAUACAUUCUUAUUAUAUCUUCACCAGUUAUGUAUGAAGGAAUCAUUCCAAUGCUGGAAAAUUUAUCCCUAACUUUAAAAUGUCUUAGACCCUUUUAUAUGCAGAACAUUGGUAUGUGUGUUAUUCUACAGAAUAAAUUCGAUAUUGCUGAUUUUAAAGGCAGAGAAGUUCUCAAAGUUAAUUCACCUGUUAUUUUGUGUGUGAGUUGUUAUUGUUGAGCAUCCUUUACUCCAAAAUAUUGUGCCAUGUGGGUGAGUUAAUUUUACCAAGAGCAACUUUACUCUGUGUUUAAAAAUAAGAUAGUAAUGUAUUAUACUCUUUUAUCCAAAAUAUUUUUUGCAAGGUAAACUAGUGAAGAUGAUUUCAAUUCAGAUUGUCUUGUGACUUCAAUUUUAUUUUCAGGAAGGCAAAACACUAAUCUCUGUGUAUACUGAGAAUUCCUUAAAAUUAUCAAAGAAAUAUCAUUUAAAAUUAUACUUGUUGUCCCUGUUGGAUAACUAUUUAUUGAGUAGUAUAACUUUUGCCCUGUUAAACAGUAGAUAUAUUCUAGAUUUCUAGGCACAGGGUUGGUUCCUAAGAAGCCUAGAAGAGGAAUUUCUUCCCUUCAUUAAUUCAUAGGGAGAGGUUUUGUAUUUUUAAAAACACUAAAAGCAGUAUCACUCCACCUAACAUCUCACUGUCUGCAGAGGUGGCAGUACUUAAACUAAAUGAUGAGUAUUUUGGAAACUGCUAAAUUCUUUGUUAAAUACUGUGCAGAAUAAUGAAAACAUUACAGUUCAUAAUAGGUAGUUUGGAUAUUUUUGUACUUGAUUUGAUGUGUGACUUUUUUUCCCAUAUACUGUUAAAUCAUGUAUGUUAUAAUAUUGUUUAAAAUUCAGUUUUUGUAUCUUGGGGCAAGACUGCAAACUUUUUAUAUCUUUUGGUUAUUCUAAGCCCUUUGCCCAUCAAUGAUCAUAUCAAUUGGCAGUGACUUUGUAUAGAGAAUUUAAGUAGAGAAGUUGCAAAUGUAAUGACUGUACCACAGACACAAUAUGUAUGCUUUUUACUUAGCUAGUAGCGUAAAUAAAACUGAAUCUCAACAUACCAAGUUGAAUUCUAGGUUUGAUUUUUAAGUUUUUUCUUUUGCACUUUUAAGUCCAACCCGUGGUGAGACACCUUCUAGUAAAUGACAGGCAACAGUCAGGACUGCAGCUUCGGUUUUUCCCUCACGCUCUACCGGGACUUCCCCGUGUACGUUCUGUAGCAGGUGUAGAGUUGCUUAAUUUUUGAACUUUUAUUUUACUGUAGGAAAAACAGGCCUGAUUGUCUAUAAGAUAAAUAGGUUGUCUGCAGGAUAAAUAGUGUGAAAUAAAAUCGAAUUAUCUUUCAGAUGUUUUUACUUUUUGCUUGGAGGGCCUUUCUAACCAUAGUAAGAUUCUAAGGUGUGUUACAAGUUUGAGAAGCACUUAUGCAUGAUAGUCAUCCUUAUAUUGACCUAGAUGAACAAGUCUUCAACUUCUUGCUCAGAAGGUCUUCUUACAACCACCCUAGAAACCACUAAGUUUGCUUAUUGCUGUGAUUUAAAUGUAGAUCUUGAUCCAAGCUACAUGGUUUUUGUUUUUAAAAUAACUUCUCUCCCAACUUACUUGUACUUUUAAGUACUUACGAAUACUUGUGUUUAAAGACCUCAUUUCAAUCUGUGUAAGUUUGAUGAUUUAAGUUUUAUUGGCAGGUUCUUAAAAAGAUAUCUUUAUUCUGUAGAAAUUACUGACUUUAGGUCCAUUUUACUGUGAAUGGAGAGUAAGAGUGAGAGGAGAGAGUUUUAGAAUUACAGAUUUUUUUUUUUAAUUACAGAUUUUUAAAAUCCAGAUUAUUUGAUUAUAUCCAUAAGCGUGCUAUGAUAUAAUCUAUUGCCUCCUUUUCUACUUUAAGGAAGGUUUUGGUGUUUAAUGAAACAUGAAAUCUGCAUAAUCAUCUGGGGAAGAUAUGUGGAAAACAUUUGCUAAGAAGUCUGUCUUUGAAGACAAGCCACCUGUCUUGGUUGCUUUCUGCUAAAAGCCAUAAAAGUACAUAGAAGUGCUUCCAGUUAUUAAUUGCUUUAUAUUUGUACCUAGGUGCAGUCACAUGCUUUUUGAGAAAACAUCUAGUAUGUUAUGAUCAGUUAUUCCUGAGAGCUUAGUUGUUAAAUGGUAAUUCCAUUUCUUAAAUGUAGUCAUCUUUAAUGAGUAAGACUAAAGAAUCACUAGGUUUAAAAUUUUACAGCUACUUUAAGGGUAAAAAGGUUUCUGCAGUUCUCAGAAUCUGAUUAUUAUGAGGAUAUGGUUCUGGGUGAGUUUUCCCAGCUAGUUCAUAUCUCAGAGACUCAAAAUGUUGAAUUUCAGUGACAGCUGAGAAAGAGUUGAACCAAGUACGUACCUUUAUAAUCCAUGUGAGGCCUCUUCCACGUUUGUUCAGUGCCUUUCAGUGCAUAAUCAAAGGGAAUCCUUAAUGGUGUUGCCUUUAUUUUCCAGGAAGUAGAUUCUUUUGUGGGAUAUAGUCUGUCUCAUUUUUUAAAGUAUACUACAUGUGGUAGACAAAGAUAAUGACAAUAAAUUACUGCCAUAUAACCUUGUUUUUCCAGAAGCAUGGCUCAUUUGUAUUGACUUAACCACUAAAUAGGUCACCUGUCCCAUUCCUUCUAUAAACAUUGUAGGUUUACAGGUUGGGUGGUCUGGCUUAAGGAAAACCAUACUUGCAACAUUGGGUAAACUGAACACAUACUAGCAAUGUUAAAAAUCCAUUUUUGUGGGGAAGGGUGUGGUAUAAAGGGAGGUAUUUGUAACAGAAAUUUUGAAGGCAAAAUAUAAUUCCUCUCUUCCAGACGAUAGAUAUUUUGAAAAUUUAUUGCAGUUAUCUUUUUGAUUGUGCUCAUCUGGAAAAGGGAAGUUUUCCAUUUUUACAAGGUUCUCCUUCACUAUCUGUGGAGGUUAAAGAACAUAUGGUGAAAUGUAUUUGUUCCUGGUUUGGUGGGAACUGGUUAAUUGUUGUUACUCAUUAUCUAUUACGCAAAAUCUAGUUCAGAUCCUUUUUGAGAGUCUUGGAAGAUGCUGUUUUAUUUUGAGUAGGGCAGAAUCCUUUUUGUUCAUAGUUUUUAUAGUUUGCUCCUUUUAUCAUUAAGUCAUUCACUGGCAUUUUAUUUAAUGAUAGCAAAUUGGAAGAAUGGUAGAUUCAGAUCACUGAGGCAAAUAAAUAAAGGAAAGCAAUUCCCUGUAAAGUCAGUUAACAACUCUUAUAGAUGGGGCUUGGCAAAGAUUAGCAGGUAAUAGAAUGAAAAAAUGCAUAUUUUCUCCCCUCCCCCCCUUUUUAUGUAUUGGGGUGAAACUGGUUAACAAAAUUAUACAGGUUUCAGGUGCACAAUUUUACAACACAUCAUCCGUACACUGUGUUGUGCGUUCACCCCAAGUCAAGUCUCGUCCAUCUUUUUUCUUCGAAAGGCAGAGCCCGUCUUCUCGCAGAUGGCUAUCUGUAAAUAAUCGCCUGAAUCCUCCUUUGCAAGGUUAUAGAAAAUAGACUAUGAGAAUCUUUUGUGCAAGCCUUUCUCCU